UAAACGACCUAAACCCUAACCGAAUCGAAUUAUACCCCCGCCACACGCCGCCAUCGCCGGCGCCCGGCGGCGAACGCGAAUGGACGUUCCGCUCCCCGGCGGGGCCAUCGACAUUUCGGAGGACUACUCCCCGGCGGCCACCGUCGUCCGCUUCGACUCGCCGCUCCCUCUGCUCCGGGCGCCCGUCCCCUCCUCCGCCGCCGGCGACGAGCCCCCGGUCCUCGCCUUCCGCGACGCCGCGAGCUGGCGCGCCGCCUGGGAGGCCGCCGAGGCCAGCCUCUUCUCCCAGUGCGAGCUUCCAUCAUUUGGCAGGCCGGUGCACGGUCUGGCUGUUCAAUCAUGGCGACACGCAAAUGCAAGCCCCCCUGGUGGAAAGGCUUGUUCGGAGGGGCACCGACCGACUAUCAAGAAAGAGAGCAAUGUGAAGAACGAGAAAUGGCUUCUUGUCUCGAAUCGGCAAAGGAGGCUUGCAUCAAGUUCUCCAAGGAGAAGUGCUCCGCACCUUUCCGAGAUGCAAGGAUCGCUUCCGAGGGUCUCCUUGAAGACACAGAUUUUGUCGUCUGGGGUGCUGCUGCUGGGAAUAACAAAACAUCGUCAGCAUCCUUUUGUGUUGCAAAUAGGCAGCACACGCCGAAUCCUGGCGCUGCUGCCACGAACUACAAAGGGAGCGACUUGCUAGACAGCUUAGCGCCUGAAGAUAAAUAGCAGCCAAGGAUGAUGACUGAUCAAAGGCGCGUGAUCUCACAUAAUUUAGGUUGUUUUCGGCAUGAUGUUCUGUAAAUGUGCUAUAGUGUUCGUGCCAAUUUUUGUGUCUCUGCACAUAAUCUUCUCUGUGUAUCCUGUUUUGUAGGUGUGAUGGUGACUAAUGUUUUGAAUUUACUGUUGUCCCCGUGCUGCUGUAAAUAAAACAUGAUUCCGAGCUGGAGUUUAGUACUUGGAAACCACAGUAUCCAGCGCACCCGUUUCUGGUUUAGAAGACAAAAAUGCAUGUCAUUUGAUUUU